GGUAAACUGCUGAUUCUGAAAUACUGAAGCACACACACACAGCCCACUUAACACCUAAUGUUUACUGGAAAGCAAGUGUUUAUCAGGACCAAGAUCACGGAAAACCGUCGGCUAUUCAACGAAGCGUUCGCAGGUGCAUGCCCUGGUGCUUGGAGCCAGGAACCGAGAGGACGUCUAGUCCGUGCCGCGGUGAGGGGCACAGUCCGGGCCGGAGGGUUCCCGGCCGCGCUGAGCGAGCCGGCUGCGGCAGGCGGCACAGUGAGUGGCGGGGCUGGCCAGCUGACCUCGGCCGGGAGGCGCGCCCAGUAGGCCAGCCGCGGUCGGCUCAGCGGCGGGCGGAGACGGAGGCCGAGUGGCCCGGAAGCCCGCGCAGCGCCGGCGGCCAUGGCGGGAAGCGAGCCCCGCGGAGCCGGCUCCCCGCCGCCCGCCAGCGACUGGAGCCGCCUGGAGGCCGCCAUCCUGAGCGGCUGGAGGACCUUCUGGAAUUCGGUGGGCAAGGAGCGGGCGGCGCGGACGGCCUCCCGGGAAAAGGCGGAGGACGAGACCUGCGCGCUGACGCGGCUGCCGGUUGAUAUACAGCUGUAUAUUUUGUCCUUUCUUUCGCCCCAUGACCUGUGCCAGUUGGGAAGUACAGAUCGUUAUUGGAAUGAAACUGUAAGAGACCCGAUUCUCUGGAGGUAUUUUCUGUUGCGGGAUCUCCCUUCUUGGUCUUCUGUUGAUUGGAAAUCACUUCCAGAUCUCGAGAUCUUAAAAAAGCCCAUAUCUGAGGUCACCGACCGCACAUGUUUUGAUUACAUGGAGGUUUAUAAAAUGUGCUGUCCAUAUACGAGAAGAGCCUUGAAAGCCAGCCGUCCUAUGUAUGGAGCUGUUACCUCUUUUUUACACUCAUUGAUCAUUCAGAAUGAACCCCGAUUUGCUAUGUUUGGACCAGGUUUGGAAGAACUGAACACGUCUUUGGUGUUGAGUUUGAUGUCUUCAGAGAACCUUUGUCCAACUGCUGGUUUGCCUCAUAGACAGAUUGAUGGUAUUGGAUCUGGAGUCAAUUUCCAGUUGAGCAAUCAGCAUAAAUUUAAUAUCCUGAUAUUAUAUUCAACUACCAGGAAGGAAAGGGACAGAGCAAGGGAAGCGCAUACAAGUACAGUGAACAAGAUGUUCAGCCUACAGAGUGAAGGAGAUGAGCAACAAGGGAGCCGCUACAGUGUCAUUCCGCAAAUCCAGAAGGUGUGUGAAGUGGUAGAUGGGUUCAUCUACGUGGCCAAUGCUGAAGCUCAGAAACGACAUGAAUGGCAAGAUGAAUUUUCUCGUAUCAUGGCCAUGACAGAUCCAGCUUUUGGAUCUUCAGGAAGACCAAUGCUGGUUUUAUCUUGUAUUUCUCAAGCAGAUGUAAAAAGAAUGCCCUGUUUUUAUUUAGCUCAUGAGCUACGUCUCAAUCUUCUAAACCACCCAUGGAUGGUCCAGGAUAUGGAAGCUGAAACUCUGACUGGUUUUUUGAAUGGCAUUGAGUGGAUUCUUGAAGAAGUAGAAUCUAAGCGUGCAAGAUGAUACUCCUUUUGGACAUUGGGAAGCUGCAGUUCAUGACAUAUGUGUUUCCCGUCACCCUGCUCCUGCCUCUCUCUAGGAGGGCUUUAUGCUGGACAGCUACUAUGGCUGUGCUUCUGACACUUUACCAUGAAUGAGCUGCAAGUUUCAGUCCUACCACUUUUCCCCAAAAUGAACUCUCACAUUUUUGAUAACUUUUAUAUUUUCUGUUUUUUUGAAAAUAUUAAAUUCUGCAAAACAAAA